AUGCUUACACAUUAUGGAAUGAAUGAGAUUAAAAUCAAGUAUCAUACUAAAUAUAAAACAAAACUUCUCAUUAAAAUGAAAAGGGAGAGAAAGACAAAAAAAGAAGAAAAUCUGAUUGACGAAUCUCAAAAUUCAAUUAACGAGAUUAAAACACUGAUAAUUAUUUUUCAUACUUUAUGCUAUGAAAACAUACAACAUGGUUAUAAACUCGAAUGUUCAUCAGAGCGAGAGUCGUUAAAAACUUUCCUGCAUUUAAACAAAAAAAAAGGAAUCCCAUUUGUUAUUUUACAUCAGAUGAAUGAUUUACAUUGUGAAGUGAACAUAAAGCAGAUUAAGGCUCCAUAUGGCAGUUAUUCAUAUUCAGUUGUCAAAGAAGUCUGUCAAAGUCAUAAAUAUGUUGAAUAG